ACUCGUUAAAAAAUAAUGAAUCGUUUAUUAACGACCCAUCACUAAUACGCAGUAGAUACUAUGUUUGUGUAUUUUAUUUCAAAUAUAAUUUUAUUAGGUCUCGUUAAAGACGCUGCCGACGUCACGUUGUGGGCUGACCUACGAUAAAGAAUAAAUAAAGUUUAGGGAAGUUGUCUUUCCGAUGUGAACGUUAGAGUAAUCUUGCCCCUGAUCCUGUACAUCGGACCUCUGGACACUGGAUCAAUACCGAAAUAUUAACCGGACCGGACUGAUGGAGAACAUAUUGUUAAUUACGUGUUUUCUUUAUGUUUCUGCAGACACACACACUCUGCAGUACCUCUACACUGCAGUCACACCUGGACUUACUGAUUUCCCAGAGUUCACUGCUGUGGGUCUGCUGGACGGAGAGCAGUUUAUGUUCUACAGCAGCAACAACAGGAGUCUGAUCAUAAAGGACUCGAUAAAGAAGACUAACAGUGAGACCUACUGGAGGAGAGAGACAGAGGACAUGCGGGGCAAUCAGGACAUCUUUACCAACACGUUCACAACGGCAAUGAAAGAGUUUCAUCACAGGACAGGAGUUCAUACACUACAGAGGAUGUUUGGCUGUGAGCGUGAUGAUGACGAUGAUGUCACCACUAGAGGAUACGAUCAGUACGGUUAUGAUGGAGAAGAUUUCAUCAGUCUGAAUCUGACAACUGGAACCUGGACUGCAGUUAAACCUCAAGCUGUGACAAUCAAACACACCUGGGAGUCUAAAGGUUCUAAUAAAUACUGGAAGAACUUCCUGGAGGGUGACUGUAUCGAUCUGUUAAAGAAGUACACGUCUUACAGCAGAGACACUCUGAACAGAAAAGUUCGUCCCGAGGUGUCAGUGUUCCAGAAACACUCUCCUUCUCCAGAGGUGGUGUGUCACGCUACAGGUUUCUUCCCCAAACCACUAAACAUUACCUGGCAGAAGGACGGAGAGGACGUGCAUGAGGACGUGGAGCUCAGAGAGACGUUACCCAACCAGGAUGGAAGCUUCCAGAAGAGAAGCAUUCUAAAAGUCUCAAGCACAAAGCUGCAGAAAUACACUUACACCUGCGUGGUUCAGCACAGCAGCUUGGAGAAGGAGUUAGUGCGAGAAGUACCAAAAGGUCCUAAUAAACUAGAGCUGUAG